CACUUGCUUCAGUCACCACCUCCUCUUCUCCUUUGCCGACUCCUGAGCCAUCAGUGUGGCCUAACUCGUGUGACUUUCAAAGUAAGAGUAUCUACGACUUCGAUUCUUUUAUUGCCUUUCUGAUUAAUGAAUAGUGGUAAACGAAGCAAUAGGAUUUGACUCCUGGAGAAGGAGAAGCUAAGAUAGCACUGAGCUCUUUCUAGAUACACAUCCUUCUCCGCGGCCAUUUCUUGGAGCAAAUCUCAUUUUGCACAGCCCCAAAGAUUUCUUCAUCUUUGAAGGCAAAAAAAAAGAUGGUCCUUUUUCGAGGGAAAUAGGGGGGAAGAUGGCUAUGAAGAGAGUGGUGUUUCUGUUGCUGCUUGUGGCGGCAUCUGCAUUGGUGAAGUCGUCAAGAGGAGGAGGAGGAGGGGAGGAGAAGUUGGGGAAGUUCUAUGGAUGGCGGCGCCAUCUUUCUUCUGGACCAGCUGCCUCUUCGUUGGUUCUCAGUGGGGAUCUCGUAGACAAAAUAUGGUCAGUUUGCUUACAAGACAUAGUUAGCCCAGAGGAUACAUUUGGCUUUGGGGAAUCAUUUGCCUGGGAUGAGUUAUCGAGUCAUUCCACGGAAGAUGAACUGAAGGCAACACUGUUCAUGGAACUUAUGGCUCUUCUUCCACCUGAGAAAUCUUCUUUUACUUAUGAUUGUAUCCGUGCAAACUGCUUCAGCCUGGGUGUUCCACAAAUAUUCAGUGUUGCACUGAGCAACUAUCUUGAGAGCCAGAAAUCAUUGGUCGGUUCAAACUUCUAUCCGAGACGGCGUUUGGUAGAUAAACUGAUCGGAGAUGCUCCUUCCAUGGCUCCAGCUUUCGCACCAUCCAUGUCCUCUGGCGGUGAAGUUCACUCUCCCCUCUCUGUGGCGGAGGCACCACUUACACCUUCCAACUCUCUGAACAUGGAACCUCCCAGCCCAUAUUAUCCCAGUAAAUCUGCACACAAGCAUCAGGGAGUGGCACCUCCAGUUUCACCUUCAGAGGAGUAUCAUGACUACAUGAAAGUAGUCUUGAUCGCUGUUCUUCCAACAGCCGCACUCUCAUUCCUAGCUGCAUUUCUAUGUUUCUACUGCUGUGGAUGCAACAAAAGCAAGGUCUCGGUUGGCGAGCAACGAGAUGACCAUCCUCUUCUUCACUUGCAGUUCUCUAACUUGCCUGGUUCGUCACCUGAUGUGCAUGUUCCUGCCAGCCCGCUUCAUAAGGAUGAUCAUGGGGUUAGGCCAUCCAAUGCUGGUGUAAGCAUGAGCAAGUGCUUUCCAUGUUGUUUUAAAACCUCAAGUGAUGCCACAACACCUACACUAGUAACUGGAGGAACACAGGAGAACAAUGCCACAAGUGAUGCCCCUAAACUGAUGCCUCCGCCACCCCCACCUCCUCCACCUCCACCUCCACCUCCCCCUCCACCUCCUCCGCGUCCACCUCCUCCGCCUCCACCUAUCAAGAAGGGUGCUCCACCACCUGCACCUCCUAAAGCCACCAUGGCAAGAUUUCCUAAGCUGUCACCUACAGAGUCAAGUCGUUCUGAAGAGUCAUCUGCAAGCGAGCUGGCCAGUGAAUCGUCUGAAACUGAGGUGAAUGCUCCAAGAGCCAAGCUCCGGCCUUUCUAUUGGGAUAAAGUUCUUGCUAAUCCUGAUCAGUCAAUGGCCUGGCAUGACAUCAAAUUUGGUUCUUUUCAUGUGAACGAGGAGAUGAUAGAAGAAUUGUUUGGUUAUGGUGCUGGCAACCAAAACAAUGUCAAGGACAAGGAAAUUUCCAUUGCAGAUCCUUCACCUCAGCAUGUUUCUCUUCUUGAUGUUAAGAAAUCAUGCAAUCUGGCAGUUGUUUUUAAGGCAAUGAAUGUGAGGGCAGAGGAAAUUCAUGAUGCUCUGGUUGAAGGGAAUGAACUUCCUAGAUUACUUCUUGAGACAAUCUUGAGGAUGAAACCGACUGAUGAGGAGGAACAGAAACUCAGGCUUUAUAAUGGGGACUGCUCGCAGCUAGGCCUAGCAGAACAAGUGAUGAAGGCACUAAUUGAUAUUCCUUUUGCUUUCGAGAGGAUUAGAGCUUUGCUUUUCAUGUCCUCUUUGCAGGAAGAUGCUUCAAGUCUAAGGGAAUCAUUCCUCCAAUUGGAGGCUGCUUGCGGUGAACUCAAGCACCGCCUUUUUCUGAAACUACUAGAAGCCAUUCUCAAAACUGGAAAUCGUUUGAAUGAUGGGACGUUCCGUGGUGGUGCUAACGCGUUCAAACUUGACACUCUUCUUAAGUUAUCAGAUGUCAAGGGAGCUGAUGGGAAGACCACAUUGCUGCACUUUGUUGUUCAAGAGAUCAUUCGAUCUGAAGGUGUUCGCGAAGCAAGACUCGCCAUGGAAAAUGGAAGAAGUCCACCAUUUCCUAGUACUUCGGAUGACAAUUCCAAUGAAUCUCUACAGGAGGAUGGCAAUUACUACUCCAACCUUGGCCUUAAGAUUGUAUCAGGGCUUAGUAAUGAGCUGGACAAUGUCAAGAGAGUAGCAGCACUGGAUGCUGAUGCUUUGUCUACAAGUGUGGCAAAUCUGCGACACGAAUUAUUGAGAGCCAAAGAAUUCCUGAACUCCGACAUGGCAUCGCUAGAAGAGAACAGUGGAUUCCACCGCUCGUUAGAAAGUUUCAUAGAACAUGCAGAGACUGAGACCAAUUUUCUCCUGAAAGAAGACAAGAGAUUGAGGAUGUUAGUGAAGAGAACGAUUCGAUAUUUCCAUGGAAAUGAUGAGAAAGAUGACGGUUUUCGCCUGUUCGUCAUUGUAAGAGAUUUUCUGGUGAUGCUAGAUAAGGCAUGCAAGGAGGUUGGUGCUUCACAAAAGAAGGCAACAAAUAAAUCUCAAGCCAAUGGCAACUCUAAUAACCCAUCAUCCCAGUCAAAUCCUCAGGAGCAACAGUUUCCUGCUGUUUUGGAUCAUCAUUUUGAUAGCUCAGACUCUAAUGAUUGAAGAUAGAUACAAUCUUAGAUACUAAGAUACAUACAUUAUGUUAGAUAUUUUAUAUUUUUUCGCCCGAGACCAUGUAAAAAGUCCCAUUUGCAGAGGCAUUGUUCAUACAUAAUCACAUUCACAUAGAUAGAUUUGAAACUUCAUACAUGCUAUUAUGCUAUAACAUUCAGUAUCAAAUCUGAAGUUCUGAA